AUGGAGUGCUGGAAGCUGGUGGCUGCGCGGAUCCUGUCUGCAACUAAUAUUGGCGAUGAUGCGUCGGGUACGCUGGAGGUGUUUGACGUGAAAGCAAAGGCUGAUUGUGGCAGGGCACGCACGUUCCUCAAUUUGAUGCUCACCUGCCGUGAACUGUACCACGACCUGCCAUGGGCCAUGCCAAAGUGGUGCCUUGCCACGGUGCUCUCUCAAACGAACAACGACAAGUACAAGAGGAAGCUGGCGAGAGUGAAGAUGGGGCAGCAGCCCUUGGACGUUCACAGAGGUCUCUCACAGCAGGCUGAAGUGAUACCGGGAGACGACGACGCUGAGGACACGUGGAGCAAAGACUACGGCCCCAGUGUGCAAGAUUGGCUGGACACUUUCCAGACCACGCUUCUUCCCCCGCUGGUGUCACCAGGCGAAGACAAGGGCGGCACCGAUACCGAGGAUGAUUGCACUGACAGUGCGGCCAGAUACGCCGCCACUGUGUCGGCGUGGAUGGAAGAGCGCUUCCUUGCCUACUCUUGGCUUGGUGUGACAUGGGCGAGCGACCUCCCUUUCUUGCAAGCACGGUUGGCAAGCAUUCGGCACAACGACUUCUGGCUGAAGUUUUCCCGGUGCGGCCGCGUCGCAUUCACAUGCAUGCACGACCUGGAAACAUGGGCAGUGGCAGAGGGUGGGGAGGAGGAAGGUGGGGAGGAACCGUGUUGGGAUGAAAAAGAUCUGAGGGAGAAGGGGAAGAACCCGAGGGAGGAAAAAGAACACAACGACAACGACGACGACGACGACGACGACGACGACGACGACGACGACGAAUGCGAGGAAAAGCAGCGACAUGAUGACAAGCGCUCGCAGCAGCAACCCAGGCUGCAACAGCGGAUGACACCGCGAGAAGACGCGAUACGCGAAUCACAGCAGCAGCCGCGCGCCGCUCUGCUCUAUGUCACUGUCACACUCAAGAGCCAAGCAGAUGCUGACCGUUUUAAGGAGCACUUCUCAACUCUCGUUGGCGAUGAUGCAUGUGUCCGUGCAGAUAGGGUGAAGAUCACCACGACUGCACCCCUGGCCUCGCUGAGAGUGUGCAGCGCAAACACGCUUGUUUUGGACUCGGGGGGCGGUGUGCUGAACACUAUCUCCUUCCAUGACAUAGGCCACGUUCGCUGGUUCCGCGUAAUGUAUGAGCAGACUGCUCUGCAAGGCGAAGUAUCAAAUGUCCACGGGCUCAGCCUUUUCGGCUUCAACAAGCUCAGCGAUCUCAGCCUGUUUGCCGGCGUGCAAGACCUGAGGGUGGCCGUAUGCCGAGGCAUGGACCUGACCCCGUUUACCGCCUUGAAAAAGCUGGUGUUCGGAGGCAUUGUAGCGGGUGGGCAGUCCGUUAUCGCAGAUGUGGAUGAUGUGUGCCUCAACUCCUCGUCACUUGUCACCAGCACGCUCAACGCGAAGCGGGUUUGCCUGCGCAACAUGCAUCUCGUGGAUGCACCAUCGCCGUUGCACCUUCCAAACGCCACCCACAUUGAACUGCGCUUUGACGAGCUUGAUCCAGACCACAACGCUGCCGAAGAUGACUUCGCGGUAGAGCUCCCUCCGGGACUCGACAAGCUGGGCGUCGUCCAUGGGGACACGCUGGGCCCAGAGCUCCCCCGGUUUGAGCACGCCCGAGAGGCUGAUCUCCAACUGUGUGACGGCCCAGACGUCGCCGAGUUGGCCUAUCUAGCGCACCGUGUGGACAAGCUGGUGAUUCGGGCCGAUCCGUCCAACAAAUUUACGGCGGACGGCUUGUUCCAGGUGCCGGACAACGUGUACAUGUGUCUGGAUUACGCGAGGUGCACCAAAACCACGUCGCUGCCACCCUGUGUGAAGGAACUGCACACGAUUGUUGAGGACGGCGUCUCCGUCACCUGCUGGUCCCACAUACCGCUUCUCUCGCUCACUGGAUGGUGUGUGCGGGCUUCAAACAUGGGCGUCCUCUCUGGGCGGAGGCAGCUCCGCAUGUCUGGUGUUGUGCUUGACGGCGAAAUAAGCGACUGUGACCACGUGACCCUUUGCGAUUGUCAUGGCAGUGUGGUCUUCUCCCACAUCACGUGGCUGAGCGUGGGCCCGCACAGGUUGCGAUGGGGCCCUGAUCCGCGACACAAAGUGGCGCAGUGCGGCGCCAACGGCGACGGUGAUGAUGAUGGCAGCGGUGGUGGGUGUGGUGGUGAUGAUGAUGAUGAUGGCAGCGGUGGUGGGAGUGGUCGUGGUCGUGGUCGUGGUCGUGAUGAUGAUGACGACGUUGAUGGUGAUGAUCCUGGCCGUGGUGAUGCAAAGGUCGCAGGCGAUAGUGCAAAAUUAGAGCGAUUGCUGUGUAUUGAGCGUGUGAGCGACGUGUCCACAUGUCGACUGCAGCUCACCAUCAUCAUGAGCUUCUCCUGCUUCCACAAUGUGCACCGCCUCAUCCUGGAAGACUGCACGUUUGACGACCUGGCCUCGUUGACCUCAGUCACGUGCCUGGUGAUUCGUGACUGCACCAGCAAUGACAAGCGCUGGCAGUGGCCGAAUGCGGUUCUGGUGAACCGGUCGCCAGCAGAGAUGAUGGCGGCGCUCACGCAGGGCAAGCGCAAGAGGAACACGUGA